UUUAUAAAUUUUCUAUUGUGAUGGCCUGCAGUGCUAUUGACAUCAUUUGUAAAGAAUAUUUCAAAACAUAAACUAUUUUAUUUCCAAAGUGUUUAUUUGAUAGCCAACAAAAUUGCUUCCACAAUGACAGUCACGCGGGUAGCGGAGUCCCGCACAGAAUUUAAAUUAAAAAGUCUACCUGAGGACGCUAUAUCCAGUGUGAAAUUCGCACCUAAAUCUAAUCAAUUUAUAUUAGUGUCUUCAUGGGAUUGUUCUGUGAGACUGUACGACGUGUCAGCUAAUAUCGAGAGACAUAAAUAUAAUCACGAACUGCCAGUGCUGGAUGUUUGCUUUAGAGAUGGAGUCCAUUCAUACAGCGGUGGUUUGGAUCAGACCCUCAAGAUGUAUGACCUGAACGCUGGUAGUGAGACUGUUCUUGGAGACCAUAAGGGCGCCAUAAGAUGCGUGGAGUUUGCCAAUGAAGUGAAUGCUGUGCUGACUGGGAGCUGGGAUGGUACUGUCAAGAUGUGGGAUAGCAGAGUGCCAAAUUGUGUGGGCACUUACAAUCAAGGGAAUGAAAGAGUUUACACAAUGAGCAUUGUUGGUGAGAAGUUUGUAGUGGGCACAUCAGGUCGCAAGAUAUUUGUGUGGGAUGUUCGUAACAUGGGACAUGUAAAUCAAAGACGGGAAUCCUCACUCAAGUACCAGACCAGAUGCAUCAGAGUGUUCCCGAACAAACAGGGCUAUGUAUUGAGUUCAAUAGAGGGUCGAGUGGCCGUCGAGUAUCUGGACAGCAAUCCAGAGGUCCAGAAAAAGAAAUAUGCCUUCAAAUGUCAUAGAAUAAAAGAUGGUGGACUAGAGAAGAUAUAUCCUGUGAAUGCUAUCAGCUUCCACUCUGUGUACAAUACUUUUGCCACGGGAGGCUCCGAUGGCUAUGUCAAUAUAUGGGACGGUUUCAACAAGAAAAGACUGUGUCAGUUCCAUAGAUACAACACAGCCGUGUCAUCUCUGUCGUUCUCUCACGACGGUUCAGCGCUGGCCAUAGCGUGUUCUCAGCUCGACGACUCUGACGAUACUCCCGAGGACGUGCUCUACAUACGCUACGUCACCGACCAGGAAACCAAACCCAAGUGACGUGUCCCGCGACUCUACAAUGAUAGUGACGUUCUGUGCCGAUAGUGUCUAGUUUUUUGUUUUGUUCCACGUUUUGUUAGCUUCGAUGUCAAAUCUAAGUGCGACUCGACGAACUGUCACCGGUGUAAGGUGCGAGCUGAUGACGUCAUCGCCUGUGCCGCUAUUGUAAAUUGAUAAUUGUUUUGAAUUAUAAGUGUAGUCGCAGACGUAAUUAUUAUUAAUGAAGAGAGUUAGUCCAUUAAUAUAUAUCCAUACGGUCGAGCGCUUGAGAUCUGGACCAAAACGUGUCGGACGCCGGCAUCGGGUCACGCGCCAGGUGCCGAGUCCGCGAUCUUAGGUUUAAGUGAAUGAUGAUUAAGUAAUAAAUAAUACAAUAAGUUUUCAAA